CUGUAAAUAUGUUUACCUAAGGUGGCAACCCUCCUCCCAGGGAAAAGCCAGUUUGUUUACAAAAAUAACUUUUCUAUUUAUCAAUUAAUUACCAAUCGAAAGCCAUGUACCAAAUGAAAUUCCCCCGAAGUCGGGCCAAAAACUUCACGCCGCAGGAGGAGAGGAUUCUGGAAAACCUAAUCUUGUACCACAAGGACGUGGUGAACAGCAAACAGAACGAUGCGAAGAUGUGGAGCAAGAAAGCGGAGGCCUGGAAGCAAAUAGCCAAUGAUUUCGCCCUGCAAUCGGGAAUGGAGCGUCCUUGGCAGGCGCUGCGGGAGAAGUACACCAAUAACCAGAGACUAAAUCGGAGAAGGUUCCUCAAUGUGAAAGGCGAAGAUGGGCUGCAGGAUGACAGCAAGUCCUACGAUGGAAACCUGUCCAUCUCCGCUGUUUCGACGCUGGCCGGUGAUCCCAGGGAGGAGGAAAGUAGCACCGACUUCGAUCCGGACUACAAUCGCAGUAACACCCUAUCCAGCACCUCCAGCGAUGCUCAGUUCCAGUCGGAAACCUUUGCUCACUCCGUUUUACAAGUAAAAGAUGAGCCAGCCGAGGAUCUUAUGGAUCCCAUCCAAUCCCUUAGCUUGCCAAGCGAUGAAAAACUUAUUUUAAUUCAGCUCCAACAAGACUUUUACCGCUGUGAGAACGCCAGGGCAGCCGAGAAGCACAAACUGGAUAUGGAAAAGUACAAGUUGGAGCUGGAACAGCGGAAAAUCGAGAUAGAGAAGUUCAAGGUGGACUUGGAGAAGAACAAGGAGGAACUGAAGAGUACUCGCCUGAAAAACGAACUGCUUGAAAUGGAACUGAAGGAGCGACGGGCGAAACUAAAAGAUAGUGCCCCUAACUAACUAAUUACUUUAGUUUAUAUUUUAAGUUGGUUUAAUGUUUAACUAUUUUCCAUAUACCUAGUCCUCACAUAAGAUAUUCAAUACAGAACUCAUAUACUAAUCAAAGGGGCUAUAAGUUUGACAUCUUCAAACACGGUUCCUCUUCUAGCCUGUAUCCCUCCUCAAUUCGAAUGAAUUCUGGUUUUAUGCUCGGCCGUUUUGUUUGGUUGUUUUUAUUAA